AUGCCUUCCAGCCAGACUUCAUCCAUGGCCGUGAACCCUGGCAGCAGUCUCCAGGAACAUCCCCAGAAACAGCCCACAGACCAGCCAGCUUCACGACAGAUGCGUGAGGAAAUGUUCAUGGCCAACACGGGCUACACCCCAUACUCCCGCCUCUACUCCGGCCAAAUCCCAGCCCAGACCCUCGCAGACAAACUCGGCCAACAACACUUGGCCAACCUACCCCACAACAGCAAUUAG